AUGGCUCAGACGAGCAACAAUGUCACUCACUCAGACAAGUAUCACGUGUGCGAGUGCUACGGACACACACAGCAAUUGCCCAACUAUAAGAAACUGACCAACCCGCGCACGCUGCAGGGCUUCUACGCAAAGCAGAAGGUGAGCGCCUGCCCGUGCAUCCCCAACAAGAGGGAGAAGAAUUUCAACACCACAUACUGCAGCGAAAACCCUGCAAAACGCAAUGUGGCAUUUCCUGAGGAAACUUACCGUGACUUCGAACCUGGCAAGCACAGAGUGCAUAAGGCAGCCAGCGUGCCUGGAGAUGGAGCGACACUUCGGGAUCCCGUAACGAGAGCCCGCCUCGUCUUCCCCAACGCCUGCAACUACGGCGGCACGGUGGCCAAACAUACUUUUCCUGCCAUUGGCCAACCGAGGCGUCUGACGCCAGGUGAGCGAAAAUACGAGCAAAUGUACGACCGCAAGGAGUUCCUAAAGGCUGUGCUUCGUGAUGAGAUUUGCCAUCGCGCGGAGGCUGAGAAGCAGUUGGAAGAGUUGGAAAAUGAAACCGGGCUUCGCGGAAGCCGCCACGCACGACUACUUGCAGAAGCUGCAGCUGCGGCCAGGGAAGCACAGCUGAGUGAAGAUCAUGAAGAACCCAAGACGGUAGGGGAGCAAUACGAUGCUGUGAUGGAUGAGCUGCGCUUUGUCACGCGGCAGCCAGUCGGUUCUAAGCUCAACAUCAUUCGUAUGUAUUACACACUGGAAGAGCAAGAGAGAAUGCGGAAUUUUGCUCGUAGCUUCGGAUCACAGAAGACAUCCGGGCGGGUAUGA